GACCGACUAAGCUAUCGUUGGCUCGAGCCUUCUAAGCCAACGUCUCCAGAAAACUCUCUUGACUUUAACAAAAUGGCAGCACCAGUAAUGCGCCACCUCACUCCCGUCCCUUCUUCCUUUAUAAAACUCCAAUUACUCUCCCAAAGCCACUCAUUUUUCACUCUCUCCGCUCCUCGUAAGAAGAAACGAUUCUCCCUCGUAACUUCAUUUUCAGUCAUGGCUUCUGCUACUAAGAAGGUAUUGGUUCCGAUUGCGAACGGAACCGAGCCGAUUGAGGCUAUAGUGCCCAUAGAUAUUUUGCGGAGAGCUGGUGCGGAGGUUACUGUUGCCUCAGUUGAGAAGCAGCUUCAGAUUGAAGGAGUGCACGGAAUUAAGAUCGUUGCCGAUGCUCUAAUUUCUGAUUGUGCGGAUACUGAAUUCGACCUUAUCUCACUUCCGGGAGGGAUUCCUGGUGCAACCAACCUAAGGAAUUGCAAGACUUUGGAAAGCAUAGUAAAAAAGCAAGCUGAAAAUGGACGGUUUUAUGCUGCAAUAUGCGCUGCUCCUGCUGUAGCACUUGGAUCAUGGGGGCUUCUGAAGGGGCUGAAAGCAACAUGUUAUCCGUCGUAUAUGGAGGAACUAUCAUCUUAUACCAUUGCUGUUGAGUCAAGAGUCCAAAAGGAUGGAACAGUUGUGACAAGUCGAGGACCAGGAACUGCGAUCGAGUAUGCUGUUGCAUUGGUUGAGGAGUUGUAUGGAAAAGAGAAGGCUGAUGAAGUUUCUGGCCCACUCGUGAUGCGCCCAAAUCACAUCGAAGAAUUUGCAUUUGCUGAGCUCAAUUCAGUAAAUUGGACAUUUACGAGUAAGCCACAGAUUCUUGUACCUAUUGCGAAUGGUUCUGAGGAAAUUGAAGCAGCUACUAUUAUCGAUGUACUUCGACGAGCAAAUGCUCAAGUAGUAGUGGCAUCUUUGGAAGAUACAUUGGAGAUUGUCGCUUCCAGAAAAGUUAAGCUAGUAGCAGAUGUGCUCCUUGAUGAAGCUGCUAAGCAGUCAUAUGAUCUUAUCGUCCUGCCGGGUGGUCUUGGCGGUGCCCAAGCAUUUGCCAACUCAGAAAAGUUGGUUGACAUGCUGAAGAAGCAGAGAGAAUCAAGCAAACCGUAUGGAGCAAUGUGUGCAUCUCCGGCUCUAGUCCUAGAGCACCAUGGGUUGCUCAAGGGUAAAAAGGCUACUGCCUUUCCAGCUAUGUGCAAUAAGCUCUCAGAUCCAAGCGAAGCAGAAAAUAGGGUGUUGGUUGAUGGCAAUCUUGUUACUAGCAGAGGACCAGGAACUACCAUGGAGUUUGCACUGGCCAUUGCAGAUAAGUUUAUUGGCCGCAAGGAAGUACUAGUGCUAGCAAAGAAGAUGGUUUUCUAAGUAGAAUCAUUUUGCCUGUCUUCCGUCUUUAGGAUUAUAUAGGCACCCAUAGUUACCCAUAGUUGUAAACUUGUAAUAAACUUUGGCCAUCAGUGUGCACUUAAAAUAAAAGAAAUGCUGUAUACGAGUUAACUCAGUCGCAUUUGCUAAUUUCCUAUUCAAUGCCAUCGCUUUUUAUGCCGGU